AAUCUGUUUACAAAUGAAUGAAUUUGUGUCCACAGUAAAGACAGCUCAGGUUGCGCUCGGCACCGGCUCCUCCAGUCCAGCGGUGGCGCUUAACUUUGACCCGUGUCGUGAACCACAGAGGCGGCGUAGAAGUAGAAACAGAGGCGUUAGCAAUGGCGGUGAAUUGGCUGCGAAAAUAAACAACCCGGGUGUUAAUUUGAUGUUGGGCCGAUUAUAGUGAUCAGUCUAAUGUCACAGCCGGUCGAGGAGAUGUGUGUCUCUGUGUCUGUGUCAUUCAUAGGUGUCGCAUCAGUGUGUUAUUGGUGAUAACACAGUUAGCAGCAGCUGAACGAGCCGCCGUCAUCUCAUUGUUGAGAGCUGCGUUAAGGUUCAUUUCUUCGUGCCCCGGCGUCGUUUUCUGUCCAUUAACCAUGCCGCUGGGGCUGAAGCCGUGCUGUGCCGUCUGCAAGACCAACUCUUCGUCCAUGUGGAAGAAAGGGAACCAAGGAGAGAUCCUCUGUAAUAACUGCACCGGCAAGAGCAGCAGCGGCGGAGCAGCAGGACCCUCCAUGUCCUCCAACAUUCAGCCCAGCAAUGGCGGGGGCAAGCAGUCCAAGCAGGAGAUCCACAGGAGGUCUGCACGACUGAGAAGCACCAAAUACAAAGCUCCUGCUUCUGAGAAGAAGGUGUCGACAAAAGGAAAGGGAAGGAGACACAUAUUCAAGCUGAAAAAUCCAAUCAAAGCACCAGAAUCUGUCGCGACGAUCAUCACGUCUGAAUCUGUAUUUUACAAGGGUGUAUACUACCAGACAGGAGAUGUGAUCAAGGUAACAGAUGAGGAAGAUGGGAAGCCGUACUAUGCUCAGAUUCGAGGCUUCGUCCAGGACCAGUACUGUGAAAAGAGUGCUGCACUGACCUGGUUGAUCCCCACCCAGGCCAGCCCAAAGGACCAGUUUGAUCCUGGGACCUACAUCGUUGGUCCAGAGGAGGAUCUGCCCAGAAAGAUGGAGUACCUGGAGUUUGUGUGCCAUGCGCCGUCCGAAUAUUUCAAAUCACGGAGCUCUCCGUUUCCCACCAUCCCCAUCAGACCAGAGAAGGGCUACAUCUGGACCCACAUAGGACUGACACCAGCCCUCGCUGUCAAAGAGUCUGGCAGUGGCAGCAGUUAACAUGACUGUGAUAUGGACUUUAGUCUGUUGCUUUCAAACAGACGUGUGUACAUUUAUGUAAUAUAAUGAAAAGAAAAAUGGUUGUUGAUGACAGCCAUUACUUCAGAUUGAAGACAGGUUGUAAUUUGAUACAAAGGAAACCAGGUAUAACUACGUUUCACAAGAUGUUCACACAGCUGGAAUAUUACUUUUGUAUUAGUAAUAAACAAAAAAGCUCUUUUUUUU